AUGGAAGCCGAAGCCGUGACCAUUACUUCGGUUCCACGCCGACGCAACGGUCGCCAACAGGCCUGCGAGCCGUGCCGAAAGCGGAAACUAGCUUGCGACCACUCCCUGCCAACAUGCUCUCGGUGCAAACGUCGUAACGCCGAGAGUUCUUGCGUCUAUCUCAUUGCAUCUGGUUCUCCUGCGAGGACGACGCGCGGGAGUGAUGGGAAUCUGCGUCAAAGAAGUACGCGGCCAACCACCACCACAAACACAACAUCGACGCCGAUCCAUCCAGUUCGGGAACAACAACCAUCUCAUCAUGCCCGACCUGCGUCAGCAUUACACUCACCGUUGGCGUCAUCGUCGUCGUCAAUUACCCCCAACAGCAGCGGCGCUCCUACAUCGCCGUCAAUCGCCAUAGACACCCCCGGCUACCUGGGCCCAACCAGCUUCUCUGCCGUCUUCAGGGAGGCUCAAGGUCACCUCAGCCCGGCACCUGCCCCGGUGAGCAAUGCCGACGGCCGCUACCCUGCAGGCGCACCACCACGCCAUGCAGAGGCGCCAUUCCCGCACAGGACGUCCCCGUGCAAGCUGGACCGCGCCGUCUCGCUCCUCCAGUCCCUCCCCAACCUCAAGACCGCUCGCCUGCUCGCCGAAAUCAACAUCAGCCCCAUGGACGCCUGGGUGCGGCCCGCGGCCGUGCACAUGAUGGAGUCCAUGUACGCCGUCUUCUUUGGGUCCUGCGACGACGGGGCCGACUCUUCCCAUCCCAUUGUUGACCUCCGCGCCAUGGCCGAGCUCAUAUUUGCCAACACGGCCACCACCCUCAAGGAGGACGUCGACGACCCGGCGGCCUGGAUGGCGAGCUUCUCGGGCAAGACCAUGCGCUGGGAGUCCGUCGGCGAGAUCUUUGUCAUAUUCGCCUUUGGGGCCCUCGAGCUCAACGCCAGCAACAACUGGGAGCAUUUCCGGGCCAGCGUGGCCGGGACCGCCCUGGAGGGCAGGGAAGGUCGCGCGAUUGCCAUCGGGUGGAAGGAAUGCGCAGCCAAGUGCGCCGAGUUCUGCAAGGACGAACAACCCAGCUCUCUGUUGCUGAGCCUGUACCACAAGAACAUUGUGCUCGAGUCGAUGGACUCCGGGGACACGAGCCUCCGGUCCUUUACGUUGUGCGCCGAGGCGGUUGCUCUCUGCCACUACCUGGGCAUGCACGUCGAUCCGGGGGCGGGCGAGGAUGGAGGGGGCAAGAUCACGGCGUCGGCCGAGGCGCGGAGGCGGGCGUGCUGGGGCAUCUUCACCAUUGACAAGAUCGGUGCCAUCUGCACGGGGCGGCCGCCGCUGUUCAAUCGGAGGUACAUAUCGACGCGCAUGCCGCUGGACGUGUCCGAUGAGGAUCUCCUGCUACCCCAGGACCAGUUCGAGGAGGCGGUGCGGCUCAAGCUGGACGAGAACGGCUGGAAUAGGAAUAGAGAAAAGCUGGGCCCGGUCAAAUACGUGCGGGCUCGGAUCCCGAUGAUAGUGAUACGGGAUGAGAUCUUGGAGCUAGCGCUGGGACCGGCGGAUACUUUGCAGCGGAGUUAUGAUCAGCUCAUUCGACUGUGCCGAGAUUCGGGACGCUGGUACAAUUCACUCCCGGAGCUGCUCAACUACAACCAUCUCGACAUCAAGGACUCGUCAAUGUCCAUCACGGUGCUGUACGCCAAGAUUAUGCUUCGCCUCGAGCACCUGCAGAACAUCUUUUUGAUCGAACGGCUGCUCAAAAAGGUCGGACACCCGGAUCCGUCGGACGCGCUGCUGCAGGCAAGCGUCGAGAUUGUCAGCAUAACGUCGGCGCUGUGGACUCACCGUGACAGGAUCUGUGGGCUGCAUCGGGAUUUUGAGUGGAUUCUCAUCUCGUACGCCGCGCCGGCCAGUGGAGUGCUGUGUAUGGAACUCCUGCAGCCCCUACGUCAACAUGCGAGCGACAAACACAGCAUCUCCCGAUCCAACAUAAUCCAGCAGCUGAGUCUGCUGGUAGGGUUCCUCGACUGGAUCGACAUGUCGGCGCCAAACGCACGGCUGUGCUGCGCGGUCAAGGAGACCAUCGAGCGCGUGCUGGCCCAGGUGCUCAACAAGCCAUGUCAGCCAUGCCAACCAGUGAUGCGAACAGAGCCUGCUCAAUCGGCCACAACGACGACGACGACUAGUUCGACAGCAACGGUCAGCAGCAUUCUCGACGUUGCCGAGCAGGGAGGUUCUGGAGGGCUGGUCGAUACGCAAGCUUCGAUGAAUGGACACGGAGCUCAACACCAUUAUCAGCACCAACAGCAGAUCCUACUACAAGAUCUGGACUUUAUGACGAGCGACAUUACCGACUUUUUCAACUUUGACCUGCUCGACACGUUUGACUUUUUACGACCUGAGCCUACGUGAAGAGGAGAUGGGGUAGGUAAAUCAGAAAAAAAAGAAAAGAAAAAAAAAAGGAAAAAGAAAAAGGAAUGAGAAUAAAAAUUACAAAUAGAGCCCAUACCGCGAUGCAUAUGUGUAAGAAGUACUGUCCUAAUUUUACGUAAAAAAGAAGGAACCGAAAACCUAAAUCGUCAACACACUCUCUUCUGUCACCCCAAGAUGCCAAAUCCAUCGAUCGAUCGAAAGAAACAAUCAUCACGACGACUUUCAUCUUUUUCCCCACCCCAAAAAAAAGGUAUCAAAUCACUCACUCCAUCGAGGAGAAUCCCCCCAAAACCCAUCUCUCUUUGUCUUCCCAUUGCCUCCUCACUAGUGUUCAUUGUCCUGCACCGGUUUCGUUUAGGCCCGUAAAAAAAAAGAGAGAAAAAAAAAAAGAAAAAAAAGAAAAAAAAAAAAGAAAAGGAAAAUAAAACAAA